UUUUGCGUUCGUCAUGAAGAUGAACAUUUGAAGAAAUGGACGCGAAAUGAACACACAAAAUCCGCCAUAUUUUCUUCCAUUGGAACAAGCAACUGCGUAUGGUAUAACAUAAAUUCGUCUUGAAUUUCCCUUUUUACUUCCUCCCUUGCAUCUCUUUUAUUCUUUCUUAUAUAUCUUUUCAUUUUGAAUCUCACCCCGAAUCUGACCACCGUGUCAUCCUCAAAGAAACUCCCAGAUUCGAAUACCCUUUUGAUUCUUUGCUCUUUCUGAUCUUAAUUUUAUAACCCAUCUUCUGUUUCUUUUUGCCCAUCAAUGGCGUCCUUCUUUAAUAGAUUCACUUCCUAUUCCAAUUCCAAUUCCAAUUCCAAUUCCAAUUCCCAUGCCCCAUCUGCUCCGUCCGUUCCAUCGGCGCCGGAAACACAAGGCCAUGAACAUUCUCAUGCGACCGCUUCUCCUUAUUACUCCGAACAGCAUCGGCCGCAGCCUUAUGGGUCUAACUAUGGUGGGGUUUCUUCAUAUGGGUCUUAUGGUUUUCCUCCGGGGACCAGCCCUGAGGUAAUUAGGAGCUUUCAAAUGGUGGAUAGGGAUGGAAGUGGAUUCAUCGAUGAGAAUGAAUUGCAGCAAGCCCUUUCUUCUGGCUACCAGAAGUUUAGUCUUAGGACCGUUCGUUUGCUCAUCUUCUUGUUCAGAAACCCGGUUGAUUCCUCCAGAAUGGGGCCUAAUGAGUUUGCUGCUUUGUGGAACUGUCUUGGCCAAUGGCGUGGCAUGUUUGAGAGAUAUGAUAGAGAUAGAAGUGGGAGAAUUGAUGCAUUGGAAAUGAGGGAUGCACUCUAUGGUCUUGGCUAUGCAGUUCCAUCUUCAGUCCUUCAGCUGCUAAUUUCACUAUACGAUGAUCGAAGUGGUGAACGGGUGGAAUUUAAUUUUGAUAGUUUUGUCGAAUGUGGUAUGAUAGUAAAGGGCUUGACAGAGAAAUUCAAGGAGAAGGAUAGGCACUACACGGGUUCAGCGACGCUUACAUAUGAAGAUUUCAUGUCAACAAUCCUCCCAUUUCUUGUGUCAUACAGUUAAAAGUUAAAACCCUCAAAGGUGAUAAAUAUCUCUUCACUUCUUGGAUUUUGUUGUAAUAUCAUCUUUUCGUUUGUUGUUUACUUGAAAAUGCUAGAACGAGAAGCUGUACAUUCAAGGGAAGCUGCUGCUUUAGACCAAAAGGGUUAUGUUGGCAUGGGAGAGUUUCCAUGUACAGAGAUUUAUUUGUUAUUUGUUUCUUUUGUUUUGAUUCUGCUGAAUAUAAAUCUUUGUUUGUUGGUUUUUUUUAGAUUAUUUGUGACUGAUUUUAAUCAAGUUUUGGAACUUGUAUUAGAAAAUGAAUGAAUAAAUUGCCCAUGGCUUAUUUUGAGGGA